UUAUUGGCUUACCUAUCUAUAAAUUAUAACCAUCACGGCCAAUUCAACCAUAGUUGUAAUUUUUUCCUAUAAGGCGUCUAUCAAAACUGGAGACAACAAACAAUAGUCUUUUCCAAUUUUACCCUUUCGUACUUGAAUUUAUGGACCCAAAUGACAACGUUCAGCGCGUCGUCCAUCGAUUCAAAUGGAGCCAGCCUAUUCUUCGUUGAAAUUGACGUACCGACCGGCGACCGCGUUUUGAGUCCCUUUAGAUCCUCCUAGAGAAAUACUUCGCUCAUAAGGCAAAGCCCAUACACACGUAUAAUUAAUAAUAUUCAGGAGUCCUCUCUCUCUCUCUCUCUCUCUCUCUCUCUCGUCAUCACAUAAAAGGAGCAAACGAACCAGGUCUCGUUUGUCUUCUUCGUCUGCUCUCUGGUUCUCGCAGGCAGGUAGGCAUGGGAAAGAAGCUUGAUGCUCUGCUGGGUAGAACCUUCAAGGCCUCCAAGUUUAAGCCUGUUGUCACUCUCGCUUUCUCUCGCCUCGCCGUUUUCAAGACCCAUUGUCAAGUCCGGUGCUCCCAAGACCGCUCCGACGUCGUUCAGCUACUUCAGCUGGGUAACCAUGAACGUGCUCUUCUUCGUGUUGAGCAUGUGAUCAAGGAACAGAGUAGGUUGGAUGUGUACGUUCUGAUAGAGGCAUAUCUCAAUAUUCUGAUUGAGAGGCUCAAUCUCAUUGAACAAGAAAGAGAGUGCCCCGAUGAACUGAAGGAGCCGAUCUCAAGUUUGAUCUAUGCGGCUUCUAGAGUUGGGGAUUUUCCAGAGCUUCAAGAGAUUCGUUCUAUUCUUACAUCCCGUUUUGGCAAAGAGUUUGCUAAUCGUGCUAUUGAUUUACGCAACAACUGUGGUGUAAAUCUUACGAUGAUAACAAAACUAUCAACCAGGCAACCAAACUUGGAGAGCAGAAUGAAAGUGCUCAAAGAAAUUGCAUCCGAGAACAACAUCGUUCUACAACUUGAGGAAGCUGGUUCUAUUUCGAAUGUGGAAAAUAUGGAUGUGAACAAGAAGCAAAACCAACAUGAGCUGAACACAUCUGCCAAUUCAGGCAACACCAAGGUUGGGGAUAAUUUGCAAAUUUUGAAUGAAGAGAUCGAAAAAGAUGAUAGGUUCUCUGAUUCAAUGAAAACCAGAAGAAAAUACAGAGAUGUAGCUGCCGCAGCUCAAGCAGCAUUUGAGUCGGCUGCUUAUGCAGCAGAAGCAGCAAGAGCUGCUGUGGAACUUUCUCGAUCUGAACCACAUGAUCCUGAUGACCAGGGUAGUCCCAGCACUGGACAAGGCAAAGUAUUGAACAUGCAUGGAAUCGUGAAACCUGAAUUUGAAUCAAUAAACGAAGAAAUACUCUAUGAAAAUCGAGCUGAAGAAAUGAAACUGAAAAAUGCAGUAGAAUUGAAGAGGUCAAUCUCUGCUUCAAGUUCAAAUUCAUCAGAAUACAUUUCGAAGGUGACUGCAGUAUCCUCAGAUGAUGUGCAAGAUCAGGGUGAUCCUUUUGACAAGGAAUUGCAUUUUGAUGAGAGUGAUAAUGAGACUGAGAAUGAACAAAGCAGCAUAUCGCCUCACAAGCAAAUUCCUUCACGAUCUCAAGUUGGCCUGAAGGUGGAAUCCUCCCUUAGAAACCCAAUAGGACAUGUUGCAGAAGGAUCUGGGGCGCAUAGUGCACAUCGUAUAAACAUAGAGAAGAGACCAAUAUCUGUCAGGACUAGACAAGUUCGCGGAUAUUGACAAGGGCGCUUUACUAUAUUUUCAUAUUUAUUCUGUAAGUUUGAGAGUCGUGGUACUAUCAUCGAGUGAGUCUAUCUAUCUAUGUUAGCUUGCUUUCUUUAUUUUUCUUCCAUAAUUUUUUUCAUAAAUGUAAUCUGGUGUUAUCAUUUGAACUGCAAGUGCUUGUUAAUUUUUUG